CCCAAGCUUUUUUCUUUGAUUAUUUUUUCUUUUCUUUUCUUUGCCGGUCCUGGCAAGUAUAUAGGAUCAGCUCAUCGCCCUCGUCGAGGAUGUAAGAAAGUUUUCGCCAUGUUUCUUUAAUGUUGGCUUGGUCAAUUCAUUCCUUCGAAUCCUGGUCAGUGGUGGCAUCUUUGAAUUGAGCGUGAGACUGUAAAAAGCUUCUUCGGAAUCGAUCUUUUCAUUUCUUUUUCUGCUCUUCAACUUAUUCUUUCGUUUUCCCUCUUUUUAUCCUCUUUGUUACUUCCCUCUCGCUGUAUCAUUAUCCUCGACCAUUUGCAUCGGUGGCAUAUCGAUCUUUCACAAACGGCGAUGAAUAUCUUGUCAUGGUUUGUGCUUACGCUGUGCUUUGCCACCCUUGUUAUCGUCAAAGUUCGGUCAAUAUGGCCCCGAAAGCCAACGCCGCGCACAAGUUGCAGUGACCUGAAGCGCGUGGCGCCCUACCCAGCCCAACCCAUCAAAGGACGAGAGAGAUACCGGGUGAUGAUGGACGUGCGCAGGCUGGACGUGGAGAACUGGCUCACCGUCGACAAGAACUACAUGGACGAGCACCAGAUCCGGAGUCAAUUGUUGCGGGAGGAGAAGCAGAAGGUGCUGCAGUGUCUGCCGGAGUCGUACGAGGCGUGUCUGGAGGCAUUGGAGGAGGUGGUCGAUUUCCUCUGCCAGCGAUUCUCGGAUAUGUUCGAACGGAAAAAGUCCGGCGACGAGACGACCAUCCAUAAUAAGAUGACCGGGGAGACCUUUGUCUAUGGGGGCCAGAAUCGCGACGUGGAUCCGUUGGAAAUCGCCGUGCGAUUGACCAUGGAGGACCUGAGUAUUCUGAUGAAGAAUGCGGACGAUGAGUAUUACCUGGCCGCCAGCGCAAGUCUAUUCCCGGUAGGAUGGACGGUGCAGGAACGAAUUGGCUGGACGAUCUCGCGACUACACAACCCAGUUCCAUUGUGGCAUCAGCAGGUUGCCAAUUCUGUCAGCAAAUUUCUCACCCGCCUCACACCCUCGUCCCCCAUGGAACGAUCCAACUACUUCGUCGAAGUGAAACGCCCCGGCGAAGACCUCUUCGAGAUCCUCUACCGUCCAACGACGCUAUCGGAGGACAACCCGAACCCAUCACCGCAGGACAUCGUCAUCCGACGGGAGCGCCAGACUUUCCGCCGCCUUCCCCGCACGGGGACGAUCGUGUUCGGCGUGAAGACGAUCCUGACGACGCUAGACGAGUUGCCGAUGCAGGAGUUGCAGAACCUGGCCAAGGAGAUCCGGAGCUGGCCGGAUUACGUGGGAGAGUACAAGGGCGCAGAGGUCUGGGGGGCCAAAGCGCUGGAAUUCUGCGAAUGGAAGAGCCAGAUGCAGCAGCGGAAGGAAGCAGAGGAGAUGAAAGAGAUGGAGAAGAAGGAGACGUUGGAGGUGUGAAAGUUCUUCCGCUCUGAAGACGGACGGGGGGAGAUGGGAGGGGAAGAAGAACCAACCCUUUUCCACUGUAGUUUUAUUAUUUGCAUCGGUUGCAUUUCCUUUUGGCAUGACAAAACGGCUGGGCGGAUUUCUGAUUUCAACACGGGAUUUAGUUUCAUUCUGAUUGUUUUCUCAUUGCUCUGGUUGGCUGUUUGUGGUUACGACUUCAUGUUUGUUCUUGUCUGAUUUUGGCUGGG